GCGAGGCCGGCUGUGGCCGCGUCCCUGGCUCUGUCCCGGUGCGCGCUCAAAGCCCGGUGCGGUCUGCCCUGGCAAUCGUGCCCAGGCUGCGGCGUCAGGCGGGGCAGAGGCGACACCUUUCCGGACCUUUCCUGGUGGGAGCCUCGCUCUCCCCGCCUCCAGCCUCCGCCCGGAGCGCCCGGCGGGCGGGGCCCCAGCCGAGGCCGGGAGCCGCAGCAGAGAGAGGCGGUUUCUGCUGCGCCAACGCUGUGACCGCAGGCUCCACUUGCCCCCGGCCUGAUCCAGCCUGAAGAUGGCCCCGCUGGCUGCCGUGGUGCCCAGCCCCCACACCCGGCUCUUGGCCUGCUUCCUCAGGCUGGGCACCCAGCAGGGCGGCCCCCUGCAGCUGCACACGGGGGCCAGCUGUGCCGCCAAGAGCCACUAUGAGGUGCUGGUGCUGGGUGGGGGCAGUGGUGGGGUAACCAUGGCCGCCCGCAUGAAGAGGAGAGUGGGUGCAGAGAAUGUGGCCAUUGUUGAGUCCAGUGAGAGACAUUUCUACCAGCCCAUCUGGACGCUGGUGGGUGCUGGUGCCAAACAGCUGUCCUCGUCUGGUCGUCCCACAGCAAGUGUGGUUCCAUCUGGCGUAGAAUGGGUCAAAGCUAGAGUGGCUGAGCUGAACCCGGACAAGAACUGCAUCCACACAGACAAUGGCAAGGAGAUCUCCUACAAAUACCUUAUUGUUGCUCUCGGAAUCCAGCUGGACUAUGAGAAGAUUAAAGGCCUACCUGAAGGUUUUGCUUAUCCCAAAAUAGGGUCCAAUUAUUCAGUUAGGACCGUGGAGAAGACGUGGAAAGCUCUGCAGGACUUCAAGGAGGGCAAUGCCAUCUUUACCUUCCCAAAUACUCCGGUGAAGUGUGCUGGAGCCCCCCAGAAGAUCAUGUAUCUAUCAGAAGCCUAUUUCAGAAAGACAGGGAAGCGAUCCAAGGCCAAUAUUAUUUUCAACACGUCUCUUGGAACAAUUUUUGGGGUUAAGAAGUAUGCAGAUGCCUUGCAGAAAAUUAUCCAGGAGAGGAACAUCACUGUGAACUACAAGCAAAACCUCAUUGAAGUUCGAGCUGAUAAACAAGAGGCUGUUUUUGAGAACCUGGACAAACCUGGAGAGACCCAAGUGAUUUCAUAUGAAAUGCUUCAUGUCACACCGCCAAUGAGCCCACCAGAUGUCCUCAAGACAAGUCCUUUGGCUGAUGCUGCUGGCUGGGUGGACGUGGAUAAAGAAACCCUGCAGCACAAGAAAUACCCAAAUGUGUUUGGGAUUGGGGACUGCACCAACCUUCCUACAUCAAAGACCGCAGCUGCAGUAGCUGCCCAGUCAGGAAUCCUGGAUAGAACAAUUUCCAUGAUUAUGAAGCAUCGAACGCCAACGAGGAAGUAUGAUGGCUACACAUCGUGUCCACUGGUGACCAGCUACAACCGGGUGAUUCUUGCGGAGUUUGACUAUAAUGCUCAGCCGCUGGAAACCUUCCCCUUUGAUCAGAGCAAAGAGCGACUUUCCAUGUACCUCAUGAAAGCUGACAUGAUGCCUUUCCUGUACUGGAAUAUGUUGCUAAGGGGUUACUGGGGAGGACCAGCCUUUCUGCGGAAGUUGUUCCAUCUGGGUAUGAGUUAAGGAUGGCUCAGCCCUUGUUCUUUUUGGAUGGCUUCUGGAACAAAAUCAGUCUCUGAUGGAUCAACAGCAGCAUGAACUACUGGGAACCUAACACUGUAAAGAGUUUUUUGCUGGAUAAUGGUGACCAAAUGCCUCCCUCUUCAGUACCCAUGAACAGCCACCAUGUAGGCUGCCCAGGAUGGGCUUUAUUCUUUGGAAACAUUCAAAUGAAAGA